GACAAUGACGCGUCAAGGUUGCGAGCGUGAACCAAAGUUUCAAGCUUUGAAACACGCUGAAGGGAAAGUCAUAUUAUCCUGUCUAAGCACAUCUAACGGAACCAAAUCUUGUGGUUUUCCAUAUUCUGCCAAUAAUCUUAGUGAUGAAAUCAUUUCAGAAAUAUCUAUUCGGAAAUUCACCGAUGGUCUAAAGAAAAUGGAUAACGGUGAAGGCGAAUUAAAUUUUAAAACUGUGCUGGAUCAACGAAAGCCCAGUUUAACUAACGAUCCAGCGCUACUUUUCUCGCUUCUAAAAAAGAAUGAGGCAUUGUUAAAGGAAAAUAUUGAGUAUAAAUCAGUGAUUAAAAGACAAACUUUACAAAUAGAACUGCUUGAAAGUAAGCUCAAAAUACUCCAUGCUGACGAGAGAGAAGAUAAUAUUGAAGUAACCGACCGGAAAAAUAUCGAAAGGCUGAAGAAAUAUUGCGAAGAAUUACAAGGACAAGCAGGCAAUGAAAUGAAUAAAUACAUAUAUUAUUUCAAUUCAUAGAUUCUUGAAAUGAAGGAAUUUUUUCAUGACCAUGGUCUCAUGUGGAUAGGAAGACAAUCAACUGAUCAUGUAAUCAGUUCAAGAGAUGAAACUGGUCUAAAAUUUGAUGAAACAACCUUCAGUCGCUUAGUUCAACAGAUUUAUUUAUUGAAUAAUUGGAACAAUGACGCGCACAAUGAGAAAAAAUUUAUUUCAGAAUCCAACUCAUCAAAUAUAGUUUGUCUACAAAAUCAAUCACCGAUUCCACUAACUCUAUAUGCAGAUGGAUUAUGCUUUAAUUCUGGACCAUUUCGUCCUUAUAAAAAUCAUGAUACGCUACAAUUCGUCCAAGAUAUAUUGGAUGGUUACUUUCCAUCAGAAUUACAAUCUUCUUAUCCAAAUGGGGUUCAAUUCAAACUAAUCGAUAAACACACAACUCAUUUUAUGUUAUUGAAAAAACCAACAUCAUUUUCAUCCUGUGGUUAUAAACUGGGAAGUUCUUUAACAAAUGAACAAGAUGUAGGUCAGGAAGUUUCCUUCAGUAAUGAGAAACACCUACCAAACAAUGAUAAAAACGAAAAAUUCAGUAUUGAACAAAUUGAAAAUCAAAUGAAAGCAGAAUGUAAUGCCUCAUCCAAUAAACUGACUUCAAACACAUUAAAUAUUAAUGUGCGAAAUAAAUCUUUAACUUUUGAUGAAUUGCUAAAACGUUUACCGGAGUAUAAAUUAACAGAAUCUGGUCAGUUGUUAAAUAUUAGAAAAGACAUAAAAAGUGAAUUUGGUGAACAAAUUAAUAUUCCGUCAACUAGAAUAAUUAAAACAGAUUACACAUUUAAAAAUAACACAACAGACAAGAAUCAAUUAAAAUCAGAACUUAUAACACUAAGGAUUUAUUCGGAAAACGGUUUGCAAAUUUACAAUGUUGAAAUGCAUCCAGAAGAUACAAUAGGAGAGUUAUAUGCAACGUUAGAUCAUGCUAGAUCGACAACACUAUCAAAAACCAAUAGAAAUUAUCGUCUUGUAGCUAUGGGUUUACUUAACACUAUUGACAAUCCCAAUGAACUAUGCAAUCACCAAAUGUUAGUUGAUCUUUCUGCAACAUUGGUUGCAUCUGGCAUAGUAGAUCGUACAACGCUUCGUAUGGAAUUAAUUCCACAAGAAUUGACGAAAAAUAAAUUACACUUUGAUGUGAAUAAUGCUUUGUCAGCUCAUCGGUUAAACUUAUGGAAACAAAAUGAAUCAAUAACACCAAAUGGUAUAUUGAAUCAACUUCUUUAAUGACUUGCUGAAACCAUCAGAACAGGGUUGAAUUUCGGAUAUUUUUCACGACUUUCAUAACUAGAAAAAGCACAAAUAUUUUAGUAUAACAGUUUUAUGUUGAAUACAAUAAUCGUAUCAGAA